AGCACCGUCCUGCACCCAUGGGGACGCUCGUGGCCAAGCUGCUCCUGCCCAGCCUCAGCAGCCUGGCCCUCCUGCCCACCGUCAGCGUGGCUGCCAAGCGUCGCUUCCACAUGGAGGCCAUGGUCUACCUCUUUACCAUGUUCUUCCUGGCCCUGCACCACGCCUGCGCCGGGCCCGGCUUGUCCACGCUCUGCUUCCUGCGCCAGGACAUCCUCGAGUACUUCAGCAUCUACGGCACGGCACUGAGCAUGUGGGUGUCCCUCAUGGCGCUGGCCGACUUCGACGAGCCCCAGAGGUCCACCCUGGUGAUGCUGGGCGUGCUGACCAUCGCAGUGCGGACCUACCACGACCGCCAGGGCUACGGCGUGUACUCCGGCCCCAUCGGCACCGCCGCGCUCAUCAUUGCAGCCAAGUGGCUGCGGAAGAUGAAGGAGAAGAGGGGUCUGUACCCCGAAAGGAGCGUCUACACCCAGCAGGUCGGUCCCGGCCUCUGCUUCGGGGCGCUGGCCCUCAUGCUACGCUUUUUCUUCCAGGAGUGGGACUACACCUACGUCCACAGCUUCUACCACUGCGCCCUGGCCAUGGCCUUCGUCCUGCUGCUGCCCAAGGUCAACAAGAAGGCCAGUGACGCGGGGGCCCCGGCCAAGCUGGACUUCUCCACCCUGUGCUGCGCCUGUGUCUGAGCGCCCACCCCAGCCCUGCUCCUCCCCACCCACUCAUCCGUGUCCUUCCCACCCAGCGUGCCUCCGAACAGUGGGCUCUUUCACACCCCGAGGGCUCCAGGGACAGCCUCGGUGUCCGCCGGCUCCACUACGUGCAGCGCUCUACUACUUCCUGCUUUGCAACCGAGAGACACCAGAGUGCGUCUGCCCUCCCAGCCCAGGCCCAGCCCAGGGCUCACGCCAGGGGCUCUUAACCAUCCCCAGGAUGCGUGCCCACCAGGCUCAGCUGUUUUCUCAUGAAAUCUGUUGUCACCGCUUCUGUCCCCUUCCCCAGGCUGUGUACAUUCUCAAGAGGGCCAGCUCUCUCCCCAGCCCAGGCUUGCCCUGAACCCUGUGCCCCCAGCUGGCUUCAGUAAGAACCAGGAGCAGCAGCCCAUCACCUUGUGCCUGUGCACACUGUUCAAGUCCGCAGGAGAGCAGAGCACCCGUGCCCAGGUGGACAGGUGGGCCCUGGCUCCCUCCACCCCGCCCCAGGACCCUGCAUCCGCCCGGCAUGGCCAUGGCUGGGGCAGUGCCUGGGAGCCGAAGCUCUGCAUAGGCCUGUAGGCAUGGCUCAGCCGUGAGUGGGGGAGCCCCCAUCUGUGACAACUGGGGCUGGGGUGGUGGUGGCCUCGGUUCCCAGACAUCACCUCAGAGCCCCGCCCACCCACUUCCUGGUGACUGUUCACCAGUUGGCAGGAAGUCACCUACACCUGUCUGGGGCCUGUUUGUGUUUCCAGAUGGCCACCGCAGGAGCCAGUGGGGUGGCUGCUGAUCUGUCCUAAAGUCACCUCCUGCGGUCCCCAGGGGGAUGGGCGGGGUGGCUGCAGCAUCUGGGCAUCUGUGUCCUUU